UCUCUACCGCAGUUGCUCCUCCGAUUCCUCCUCCUCCGGCUCCCCGCGACGAUGCUGUGGGUCGACAAGUACCGGCCGAGAGCUUUAGACAAGAUCAUCGCCCACGAGGAAAUCGCCCAGAACCUGAAGAAAUUGGUGUCGGAGCAUGACUGCCCCCAUCUCCUCUUCUAUGGGCCGACUGGUUCCGGCAAGAAAACCCUAGUCAUGGCUCUUCUUAAGCAAAUGUUUGGCCCUGGGGUUGAAAAGGUGAAAUUGGAGAACAAGAUGUGGAAGAUUGAUGCUGGUACACGUAAGAUAGAGCUGGAGUUGACGACGUUAUCGAGCACACAUCAUGUUGAGAUGAAUCCCAGCGAUGCAGGUUUCCAGGAUAGGCAUAUUGUUCAGGAGAUUAUCAAGGAAAUGGCAAGAAACAGACCUGUGGAUACUAAAGGCAAAAAAGGGUUCAAAGUAUUGGUGCUGAAUGAAGUUGACAAGCUGUCAAGAGAAGGUCAACAUUCUCUCCGUAGAACAAUGGAAAAGUAUAGUGCAUCAUGCAGGCUAAUCUUGUGCUGCAACAGCUCAUCAAAAGUAACGGAGGCUGUCAGGUCUCGCUGUCUGAACAUUCGAGUGAAUGCACCUACUGAAGAGCAGAUUAUCAAAGUAUUGGAGUUCAUUGGCAAGAAGGAAAACCUGCAACUUCCACCUGGAUUCACAGCACGUAUAGCAGCUCAAUCAAACCGUAAUUUAAGAAGAGCAAUAUUGUCUUUUGAGACCUGUCGAGUGCAGCAGUAUCCAUUCACCGUAAACCAGGCAUUGCCACCCUUGGAUUGGGAACAAUAUGUUUCUGAAAUAGCAUCUGAUAUAAUGAAGGAACAGAGUCCUAAAAGGUUAUUUUCGGUGCGUGGAAAAAUAUAUGAGCUUCUCGUUAACUGUAUCCCUCCUGAAAUCAUUUUGAAGAAGUUGCUGUCAGAAUUAUUGAAGAAAUUGGACUCAGAAUUAAAGCAUGAAGUUUGUCAUUGGGCUGCAUAUUAUGAGCACAGGAUGCGUUUUGGACAAAAAGCCAUUUUUCAUAUUGAAGCAUUUGUUGCAAAGUUCAUGAGUAUCUACAAGGCGUUCCUUAUCGCAACAUUCGGUUAAACGAACCUGAGGGGAAUAGACCCUCCAAAUAUCCAAACCUAAAAAUAGUCAAAAGCCUUGUGCAGAUGGAGCCUGUGUCAUGUUUUGAUCAUCUCGAUGUAUCGCUCUGUGCUUCUUUUCCGAGGAUUUCGUAUGUAUAGAACUUCUAAAGAACUAGAUAUAUUAUGUGAUGUUCUUUCUAGUAGUGUGCGUAGCUUUUUUGAGAUUGUUAGAUGUUUGACUAUAAGGCAGCCAAUGCCUGUUGGAUGUUCUUUCUACUUGGUUUUAGCUGAGGUUUAUAUGGUUUCGGGAUCUUGGCAAUUCAUAUGAGCUUUCACUUGUAUCCAUUAAAUCCCUGUUAAAUAUGUUUAUUGGUGUGAUCAUGUGUCUUAUAA